AGAGAGAGAGAGAGAGAGAGAGCCUUAUCUAGCUGUAAAGCUACUUCUGCCGAUAAAUUCGUUACCACCAAGAGCAGCUUGGAAAGUCGAAACUCAUACUCUAACCCAAAAUCUUUUCAAUUCUUUCCUCUGAUUAUCUUCAAACUAUUUUCCAACAGUCAAUUCUAAUUAAGACCACUCCCAGUUCCUUGAGAAAAAUGGCCAACUGUCUUUGUUUCACUCCUUUCACUUCCUUCAAGCCAUACAACAAACCUGCCCUCAUUAGUGACAAUUGUACUGGUGGAAAGGUGUAUUGGGUCAAUGUUGUAACACUCCACUCUGAAAAUGCUAAAUUCCAAGCUUUGAAGGUCAAGGCUACAGAUAGUAACCAAGGUACCAAGCCAAAUAGCAUAGUGUGUGCUAAUUGUGACGGAAAUGGUGCUGUAUCGUGUUCACAAUGCAAAGGUACUGGAGUUAAUUCUGUAGAUCACUUCAAUGGACAGUUUAAAGCUGGUGGAUUAUGUUGGCUUUGCAGAGGUAAAAGGGAGAUGCUGUGUGGAGAAUGCAAUGGAGCUGGCUUCAUUGGUGGAUUCAUGAGCACCUUCGAUUCAUAGGUUCGGGUCUUCAGUGAGCUGUAUUGCUCUGCAUGUUGAACGAUAGAUUAUUGUCUUCUUGUACUGAAUCUUAGAUGGCAAUGUCAUACAUCAGUUAAACAUAUUCUUAGCUACUUUCAUAUAAUCUUCAAGAAAAUGAAAGAAUAUUGUUUGAUUCAUGAGCAUCUUUGAUGAUGAGUUCAUCCAUUCAGAUCUUCGUUGAAUUGUGUUUCUCUUCAUGAUGAAAAGGGUAG